UCUAGUCUAGUUUAUUUAGUCUAGAUCUAUUUGAACAUAUCUAGUCUAGAAUCGUAGUAGAAAUAGUAAAAUGUCAAUUCGAAACUUAUCAUUUAGCAAAUAUAUUAGAUUUAGAUCUAUUCUUGAUCUAGAUCUAAGCAUAGCUUAUUCAAGUGAUUGUACUUCGUAUUAUUGGUGUAUUCCACGCAGAUAUAGGUACAAACCUAAAUGGGCUUUCCAUCAGAAAAAAGACACAAAUCAACAGUUGGCACUGGGAAAUUUUGAUGCCUUUUAUAAGCCACACUAUGGUAACGACUGGCCAUCAAUAAGAAUUUCUCUUCUCUCACUUCCUAAAUACUGUGCAGUAAUAAAUAAAUAUGGCAAAGAAUCACAAACUAAGCUUCUUAAAAAAUUCAGUUUAAUCAAUUUUACUGAAAAUGCCAGAUUAUUGAAUGAAAUGAAAACUCAAGAAAUGCCAGACUCUAAAUAUGCCAGAAACUUAGCACCAGAACCACUAACUAAUUCUGAACCUGUUACUGAGAACUUGACUUUAGAGUCUGAAGUUGUUGAUUAUGAUGAAUCAGUCCAUAAAGACAAUCUAAAUAUUUUUGUGCCAACACAGCAAGUGUACACAGAAAAAGAGCAAAUGCUCAAAGAAGAAAUGAAAUUAAAUAGUUUUCAAGCCUCUGAUAUUGGUAUCAAAGUGCUAGCUCCUGAAGCUGUCAAUAUAUCAGCAGAUAUUGAGGCCUUAAUUUUCCCUUCUGGAAACAUAUCACUGUUUCCUCACCCAAAAUCAAAGUUUGGCAUGUAUGGUUUCUAUCUAAUGGAUGCAGCCUCUGUGUUACCAGUAGUUGCAUUAGAUAUACAACCUACGGAUCAUGUUUUAGAUCUGUGUGCUGCACCAGGUGGAAAGACAUUUGUAAUGCUCCAAUCAUUGGAUCUCUUUCAUGGAGGGAAAUUAUUGUGUAAUGAUUCCUCUCAGAGCCGCAUCAAUCGUUUGAAAGAUGUUCUGCGUUCACAUUUCCCACCAGAUAUUGUUGACCAGGUGACAGUGACUAACUUUGAUGGACUUCAAACAUUUACACCAGUGUAUAAUAAAGUAUUAGUUGAUGUACCAUGCAAUGGAGAUCGCUAUGUUCUGACUGAAGAAGAUAACAAUUUGUUUCAAAUUUCCAGAACACAUGAAAGACUGAAAUUAAUGAAAACACAAAAGCAGUUGCUAAUCUCUGCUAUUAAGUCUUGUGCUGUUGGUGGGAAUAUAGUCUACUCAACUUGCACUUUGUCACCUGCACAGAAUGAUGGUGUUAUACAGGCAGUCAUGGAGGAACUUUGGCAGAUGUCUCAUAUUGAAGUAGCUGUGGUUGACCUGACACCUAUGACAGAACUCUUCCAGGAAACAUUCAAGUUUCAUGACAAAACCAGAUAUGGAAAACAAGUCUUGCCAAAUCUUUUAAAUAACUUUGGGCCUACAUAUUUUGCCAAAUUGAAACGCAUUAAAUAACAUUUUAAUUCACACACAAAUAAUUGUAGAGCACAGAAAAAAACUGCAAUGUAAUGGAGCACACAAACAGAUAAUAAAAUUCUAUUGUGCAGAUAAA